AUGCAAGUGCACUGGGAACUGGACGGGGAAUACUUGCCAAAUCGAUGUAGACGAGUGCCAAGAAGAUGUGUUUCCAGGAAAGAAAUAGACCUGCAGGUCACACUGAAAAUUGAAGAUCGGAGUGUAAAUCUUACAUCAGACAGGGAUUUUGCAGUGGUUGCUGAAAAAGUUACAUUAUCGCUAAGAAUCUACCUGAUGCGGUUUAUUACUAAUUUCAAAAUUGUCAUAAACGAUCUACGGAACGGAAGCCUAGUUGUAGAUUUCACGCUUGUCUACGACACUGCUGAUGGGGUUACAAAAGUACUUGUCGAUCUUGCAAAUGGAACAAACUUCACGUAUGACAGAAUGCCUGUUAAAGUCAUUUCAGAACAACUUUCUAACGCGACCGUGCUUUGUGGAUUGUACGAGAAGAUUAGAGGUCCCUGUGAAUACGGGACGGCGUGUAACGUCACAGGCGGUGUGCCUUCGUGCGUAGCGAACAUUGUGCCAACGGACAAUGUCAAGCUGAUCAUAGGUGUUUCUGUGGCGGGAGGUCUGAUUCUGGGUAUAGGAAUUUGUACAUCGAUAUGUAUUGUGAUCAAAAGGAAAGCGAGGAACGCCGAAAAGCAUAGCCAAAGGCGGGAUAACCUCAAUCGAUUCGAUGGACAAGGUGGCCAGGUAUUUUCGAGAUCGCCAUUCAAAGAAGUUCACCAAGGAAAUGAACCAGAGGCCCCAAGGUAUAGAACAUGGCGAUCCAUGGCGCUGUCUUUCAGGCAGGAUGCCGUUAAGGUAUAA